GGGUCUUUCCAAGGAAGGUGUCUUCUGAAAGAUGAGUCAUGUGUGGUGGUCAGUCCUACCUGGCUAGGCUCAUAGGAUAUGGGCUGGAAGUUUCAACGGAAGGAGGGAGGGCAGGCUCUUAUGGGGCCAUGAAGAUGGGAUCCAGGAAGGGACCAGGAAGAGCCAAAGAAGAGGCUGGUGUGUGGAAGUCAUGCCUGAGAGAUAAGAGGGUAGCACAGCUGUGAUACAAGUUUUAAAUUAGAGAGCCACACGCAGGAAAACUUCACAAAGGCUGUAUUGCUUCAAUCAACAGUGAAAGUAUUUUUAGUGCCUAAGCAAUCUUACAAGAACUGACUUAACUGGGCACCAUGACUGGCUGGCUGAUACCUCUGAUGACUGUUGAAGUACUAAUUUUAUCAGUACCUCACCCGAGUUUACAUGUUGAGCUUGAAGAAGGUAGCUUGGCAGGUGGAACAUGGAUCACAGUUACAUUUGAUGGUUUGGACUCACGUAUCCUUUACCCCACCAAUGGCUCUCAACUGGAGAUAAGCCUGGUGAAUGUGGCAGUGUCUGCAUUGCCAAGUGUCCCCUGUGACAUCUCUCCUCUCUUCUUGGACUUGCCUGUGGUGAUGUGCCAGACCAGAUCUGUGCUAAAUGAAGCCCAUGAGGGUCUGUACUCCCUGGAAGUGCGCUCUGGUGGACGGGUGGUUGGUAGCCCAGGUCUAGGACCACAGGACAGCUGUACUUUUAAGUUUUCUAAGGCACAGACACCCAUUAUUUACCAAGUUAACCCACCAAGUGGAGUUCCAGGAAAAUUAAUACAUGUGUAUGGAUGGAUUAUCACUGGAAGGCUGGAAACCUUUGAUGUUGAUGCUGAGUACAUUGAUAGCCCAUUGGUCUUGGAGGCUCAAGGAGAAAAAUGGGUCACUCCUUGUUCUCUUAUAAACAGGCAGACCGGAAGCCACUACCCUCUUCAGGAAGACCAUGGUCUUGGGACUCUGACGUGCCGUGUGGAAGGCAAUUACAUAGGCUCCCAGAAUAUUAGCUUCUCAGUAUUUAACAAAGGAAAGUCAAUGGUAAACAAAAGUGCAUGGCUCAUCAGUGCGAAACAGGACCUUUUCCUGUACCAGACACACUCAGAAAUACUAUCUGUGUUUCCAGAAAGUGGGAGCCUUGGAGGAAGAACAGACAUCACAAUUACAGGAGACUUCUUUGACAAUUCUGCUCAGGUUACCAUUGCAGGCAUUCCGUGUGAUACUAGCCACGUGUCUCCCAGGAAGAUUGAAUGCACCACCAGGGCUCCAGGAAGAGGUACAAGGCUCACUGCUCCUCAGGCAGGCAAUCGAGGACUUCUUUUUGAAGUUGGAGAUGUUGCCGAGGGCUUGGAACUGACUGAAGCCACCCCUGGGUAUAGGAGGCAGAUUGUGCCUAAUGCCAGUUCUUCAUUUGGAUUUUGGUCAAAGGAAGGACAGCCUUUCAGGGCACGACUCAGUGGGUUCUUUGUGGCUCCAGAGACAAAUAAUUACACAUUUUGGAUCCAGGCAGAUAGCCAAGCUUCCUUGCAUUUCAGUUGGUCAGAGGAACCGAGGACUAAGGUGAAAGUGGCCUCCAUUCGGAUUGGCACUACUGACUGGUUUGACUCCUGGGAACAGAAUGGGAACGAAGGGACCUGGCAACAGAAGACUCCCAAGAUGGAGCUGGUGGGUGGAGCCAAGUACUAUCUGGAGGCAGAGCAUCAUGGGAUAACUCCCAGCAGAGGAAUGAGAAUUGGCGUCCAGAUCCAUAACACCUGGCUGAAUCCUGAUGUGGUCACCACUUACCUCCGGGAGAAGCACCAGAUCAGUGUCAGAGCCCAGAGACUUCCAGAAAUACAGGUGCUGAAUGUGUCAGGCAGAGGAGACUUUUUCCUUACUUGGGACAACGUCUCCAGUCAGCCAAUCCCUGCAAAUGCCACAGCCCAGCAGAUUCAAACCACCAUUGAAAAUUUACUUGCAGUAAAAUGCAACCUGGAACCGCUUUCUGCUAACAUCUUACUCCGGCUUGGAUUUGAACAAGGCCUAGAAGGCUCCAGCUCUGAUGGGGACCUCACCAGUGGGACAGAGCCCUUCUGUGGCAGAUUCAGCCUCCACCAACCUCGACACCUUGACCUGAUCCCCCGUGCUGCACAGAAGGGCUAUCGGCUGGAUCAGUACUCACAUCUGUGCAUGGCAUACAAAGGCUACAGAAAUACAAUCCUGAGGAUGACUGUAUCUUUUGUAAUCGGCUUUCAAAACAUCACAAAGAAGAAUAGUACCUGUGACUGGAGUCUCAUGGGUACCAGCCCCAAGAGCUGGCAGUUCACUUGCACAGAUCUUUGGGACGUGUGUGUGCAUCGCUCUGGGGAUCUCCAGCUGCUUCAGGCAAAUGCUCCUGUACUGGUUCAUCAGAUUGCCCUCCACUCGCCAGCCCAGGGGAUGGGCUUCCUUUAUGUGGAUGAAAUUAUUAUUGCAGACACAAACCUAACAGUUUCUCAAGAUGAUUCUUCAACAGCUCGCCCCGGUGGAAAUCUGGUGGAAUCAGUCUCAGUGCUGGGAUCCCACCCGGUCUACAGUGUAGCCUCCUGGGUGACAGGAUGUGGCACGGAGCUCCCACUCAUCACUUCACGCUCUGUACCUACUGAAGGAAUGGAAGACUCUGAACUGGUUCAGGGGACAACACAAAGACUGCAGAAGACAAGCCCACCUUUGGGAGGACACUUUCGAAUCCAGCUUUCUAAUACAGUGAUUCCUGGUAAAGAUGUCCCUGUGCACAUUUCUGCUGGUCACCUUCACAAGCUCUUACAGGACAAUGCUGAUGACUUCACAUCUAGAUACCUCAAUGUCAGUGACUUCACUGUAAAGGAGGAUGUAAACUCUUGCUAUGAACAUGUAUGGACCCUUUCCUGGUCCACCCAAGUUGGGGACUUGCCCAAUUUUAUCAAGGUCUCUGACCAAAGUCUUAGAGGGAUGAAUCCUUCUGUAGCCAUUCGUGUGGUGUUUGAUGGUGGAGUUUUCCUUGGACCCAUAUUUGGAGACAUGUUGGCUGCUGCUCACCAGCAUGCUCAGGUGGUUGUGCGAGUGAAUGAUAUACCGGCACAAUGUCUGGGUUCCUGUUCUUUCCAAUACCUCUCAGGGUCAACUCCCAGGGUCCAUUCUGUAUGGUGUUCUCUUGAUGGUGACACCAAUCCACUGGUUUAUAUCACUGGAACUGGUUUUUCUGGUGAUUCCCAGUCCUUACAGGUUACAGUGAAUGAAACAAGUUGCAAAGUUAUUUUCUCAAACCAAACAACUGUGGUGUGUCAGACAGACCCAUUACCAGUGGGAGUGCAUCAGGUCUCGGUGUUGGUGAAACCCUCUGGUCUAGCUGUCAAUGCCAGUGGAGAUGACCUCCUCCUAUAUGUGGAACCCAGACUGGAUGCUGUGGAGCCUUCGCAGGCUGCAGAGAUUGGAGGGCUCUGGGCCACCAUCCGAGGCUGUAGUUUGGAAGACGUUAGUCUUGUGUUAUUUGGAUCCCAGUCUUGUGCCAUCAACGUCACUACAAGAAAUUCACGAAGAAUUCAGUGCAAAGUUCCACCCAGGGGGAAAGAUGGUUACCUUGUGAAUGUGACUGUGUUCAGCAGGGAACAUUCUGCAGUUCUUCCCAGAUCAUUUGCAUACAUUGCUUCUUUAAAUCCAGUGAUUGUGUCUCUAAGCAGAAACAGAAGCAACAUAGCAGGAGGUGAGACCCUUUUCAUUGGAAUGGCCCUGCUGGAAAACUACACAGAUCUGGAUGUGGAAAUCCAUGUCCAGCACACCUUGGUUCAGGUUCACUCACAGACGGCUCAGGGCCUACAGGUGGUGCUGCCCCCACUGCCCGCGGGCCUCCACAGACUUUCAGUCUCCAUCAAUGGCAUCAGCAUUUGCUCACAGGGGGUUGUUCUCCACAUCUGGUACGUCACAGAAGUUUUCAGCAUCGAGCCUUGCUGCGGUUCUCUUCUGGGUGGGACCAUCCUCAGUAUCUCUGGAGUAGGAUUCAGCAGGAACCCCACUUUGGUUUGGGUACUCGUGGGCAAUCAGCCUUGUGACAUUGUGGACUUAAAGGAGAUGAGCAUCCGCUGUGAGACCUUGCCGACCCCGCUGUUGUCUGGGGCAGACUCUUUUCCUGUCCCCGUGGAAGUCUGGGCUGGCAACACAUCCUUCAUCCAUAGUCCCGCACUAAGCUCGGUGGGGAAGGGCUUCACUUUCACAUAUGAAUCAGCAGCAACCCCAGUGGUCAGUGCCAUGUGGGAAGAAAUCACCAACAGCAGCCUGAGGUUUCUUGUGGAAGGAAAUAACCUUUCCAACUCAGUCAUCCUCCUGGGGAGCUGGAAAUGUGACCUCGAGACACAGUCCUUUGUUGGCAGUGUGAGCCUGUCUGGGUGUGCCUUCCCUCUUCACAGUCUGGAGGCAGGCAUCUAUCCUCUCCAAGUACGUCACAAGCACUUGGGGUUUGCCAAUAUGUCUGCAGUGCCCCAGCACUUUGCAGUGAAGCCUCUGGUAACCAGCAUCUCCCCAACACACAGUUCGGCAUGUGGUGGGACAGUACUCACUGUGAGGGGGAUGACCUUCAAAUCUAGAAGGAAAUCUCUUUGUGUUGACCUUUCUGGUCCUUUUACCUGUGUAAUACUGAGUUUGAGCGAUGACACAGUGAUCUGCCAAGUCAAUCUGGUGGGUGACCCCUUGGCUGGAGCUUCCUUCACACUCAAUGUCACAGUCCUGGUCAAUGGACUAGCUAGUGCCUGUCGGGGGGAUUGCACUGUCUUCAUGAAGGAGGAGACAACUCCUGCCGUGGACACCUUGACUGUAGGCAUCAGUGGCUCCCUGGUCACCGUUCUAAUGAGGGGUCAGAGGCUGGGCAGCAACACUGAUGAGCCAGUGGUGUUUGUGGAUAACCACCUUCGUUGUGACCUAACUUUUUUCAAUGCAAGCCAUGUGGCGUGCCACAUUAAUGGCUUGACCCCAGGACUCCACUUCCUAUCAGCUGUUCAGACAAACAAUGGGUUUGCUUGUUGGGGUAAUGUUUCCAGGCACUUCUCCAUCAAGCCUCAAGUGUUUCAUUAUUACCCUAAGAAUUUCAGCAUACAUGGCGGCAGCAUCUUGGCCAUUGAGGGUACAGCCCUGAGAGGGCAGAACACCACCUCAGUCUAUGUGGGCCAGCAGGCCUGUUUGACCAUCAACAUCAGUUCUGAGCUCAUCCAGUGCAUUGUUCCUGAAGGAAAUGGCUCUGUCUCUCUGGAAAUAGAGGUGGAUAGAAUUUUGUACCACAUAGGAGUCAUCGAUUAUAGUGAUGCCUUCACCCCGGAACUGAUCUCUAUUUCUCAGAGUGAUGACAUUUUAACAUUUGCAGUGGCGCAGAUAUCAGGAGCUGCAAAUAUGGACAUUUUUAUUGGGAUUUCACCCUGUGCGGGUGUCUCUGGUAACCACACGGUUGUGCAGUGCACGGUCCCUUUUUUUCCUGCUGGGGAAUACCACGUCAGAGGUUAUGAUCAUUCCAGAGGAUGGGCCUCAUCUGCUCUCGUGUUCACAGUGAGAGUUACUAUUACAGCAGUGACUGAGAAUUUUGGCUGUCUGGGUGGAAGGCUGGUGCAUGUUUUUGGAGCAGGGUUUUCUCCAGGGACUGUCUCAGCAACUGUGUGUGGUACUCCCUGCCAAGUCUUGGCGAAUGCUACAGUUUCUGCUUUCAGCUGCUUGGUUCUGCCCUUGGAUGUGUCCUUGGCUUUCCUCUGUGGCCUGAAACCAGAAGAGGACAGCUGUGAAGCCAUCGUCCGCACCUAUGUGCAGUGUGAUUUGACUGUCACGGUGGGGACACAGAGACUGGCUGAGUCCUGGCCUUACCUUUACAUUUGUGAAGAGAGUUCCCCAUGUGUCCUUACAUCAGAUCAGUGGACAGAGUCAGCCUUUCCAUCCUUCUCAGGCCUCUUCAUCAGCCCUAAAGUGGAAAGAGAUGAAGUUCUCAUCUAUAAUAGCUCCUGUGCCAUUACCAUGGAAACUGAGGCAGAGAUGGAGUGUGAGCCGCCUAAUCAGCCAAUUACCACCAAGAUUACUGAGAUACGGAAAAGCUGGGGCCAGAACACUCAGGGCAACUUUUCCCUGAAGUUUUGCUUGAGAUGGUCCAGGACACACAGCUGGUUUCCUAACAGACAGCCACAAGAUGGCGACAAUGUCACAGUGGAGAAGGGCCAGCUGCUACUGCUCGACACGAAUACCAGCAUCCUCAAUUUAUUGCAUGUUAAAGGAGGCAAGCUGGUUUUCAUGGGUCCAGGACCUAUUGAGCUCAAGGCCCACGCUAUCCUUGUUUCUGAUGGUGGAGAGCUCCGGAUUGGAUCGGAAGAUAAGCCCUUCCAAGGCAAAGCUCAGAUCAAACUCUAUGGGAAUUCCCACUCUUCUCCCUUCUUUCCCUAUGGUGUCAAGUUCCUGGCUGUGAGGAAUGGAACUCUUUCACUGCAUGGUUCCCUACCAGCAGUAACCGUCACCCACCUUCGAGCGGCCAGCCGUGCAGAAGAUACGGUGUUGGCUCUGGAAGAUGCCGUGGACUGGCGUCCCGGGGAUAAAGUUGUCAUUGUCAGUGGGACAGGAGUUGAAGGUGCCAGCCUGCUGGAGGAGAUUGUCACUGUGGAGACCACGCACCAUGCAGAUCUCCAUCUUAGGUCACCCCUGAGAUAUUCUCACAACUGGACAGAGAACUGGGUGGCUGGAGAGCAGCGAAUUUUAAAGGCCACAGUUGCUCUGCUCAGCAGGAGUAUUACCAUAAAAGGAAAUCUUACUCAUGAGAGGAGGAAGUUUCUAGCAUCAUGCCAGGAGAGCAGUGUUCCAGAAGGUAAUCUGCAGCACUGUUUGUAUUCCAAGAGUGAGAAGGUGCUGGGAUCCAGGGAUCUGGGGGCCAGAAUCAUCAUUCAGUCUUUCCCAAAGGAGCCCAGCCGGGUCCAGCUGAAGGGGGUGCAGUUCCGACACAUGGGGCAAGCCUUCCAGAAGCACCUGAGCUCCAUCACUCUGGUGGGAGCAAUGAGAGGUUCCUACAUCCGGGGUUGCACAGUUUGGAGCUCUUUUAGCAGAGGCCUGGACUUGGGCAGGACCUGGGGCCUGGAAGUGGACAGUAACGUGAUCUAUAAGAUUUUAGGCCAUGCACUGCUGGUGGGGACAUUCAAGGAGAUAAGCUCUAUCCCUUGGGAGUUUAUUCCUGGAAGAAAACAUGGCUUGUCAGAACAGGGGAAUAUAGUAAGAAACAACGUGAUAAUCAGUGUUUCUGGUGCCGAGGGUCUCUCCAGUCCAGAAAUGUUGGCACCAUCUGGCAUCUACAUCCGCAGUCCCAACAAUGUCAUAGAGGGGAACAGAGUUUUUGCUGCUGGCUAUGGCUAUUUUUUUCAUCUUGUGACCAGUCAAACAUCCCAAGCUCCACUCCUCUCCUUCACACAGAAUGUUGCACAUUCCUGCACAAGGCUUGGGCUCUUUGUAUAUCCUAAAUUUCAGCCACCUUGGGAUCACAACACUGGCCCUACUGUGUUCCAAAAUUUCAUGGUUUGGGGAAGUGCAGGUGGUGCUCAGAUUUUCAGAAGUAGAAAUCUUCACUUGAAAAAUUUCCAAGUUUAUUCUUGCAGAGAUUUUGGAAUUGACAUUACGGAAAGUGAUGCAAAUACUUCAGUUUCUGACAGCUUAUUACUUGGUCAUUUUACCCACAAGUUACAGGAAAGAUUAUGUAUGUCAGCUGGGAUUAAGACUCCCAAAAGAUGGGAAUUGAUGAUUUCUAACACAACUUUUGUUAAUUUUGAUCUCAUCAACUGUGUGGCCAUCAGAACCUGUUCAGGCUGUUCCCAAGGACAGGGUGGAUUUACUGUGAAGACCAACCAUUUGAAGUUUACAAAUUCUCCAAAUUUAGUAGCAUUUCCAUUUCCUCAUGCAGCAAUUUUAGAAGACUUGGAUGGAUCUCUGUCUGGGAAAAAUAGAAGUCACAUUCUUGCUUCUAUGGAAAUCCUUUCAGCUUCUUGUUCGGUCAACGCAAGCUAUAGUCAGAUUGUCUCUGGCAGUGUCUGUGGGGAAGGUGUUCUCUUUCAUCGAAUGUCUGUUGCUUUACCUCAUGCUCCUGAUGUUCCUUGUGAUUUAAUAAUCACUGACAGAAGAAAUAAGACAACCACUGUCAAUUAUGUCCAAGACACAUUGUCUAACCAUUAUGGCUGGAUGGCUCUUCUCUUGGAUCAAAUGACUUACUCACUGCGAUUUGCGGAUCCUUGUGUCAACAGAUCUUUGCAGUAUUCAGCAACAUUUGACAACUUUUCUUCGGGGAAUUACCUUCUGCUGGUGCACACCAACUUGCCACCUUACCCUCAUAUUCUCUUGCGAUGUGGGAGUCGAGUGGGUUGGUCUCUUCUAUCUCUUCCAUCACCUGGUCAAGACCAAGGCUGCGACUGGUUCUUCGACAGCCAAUCAGGGCAGCUCACCUAUCUAGUUUCAGGUGAAGAUCAAGUUCAAGUGACUCUCCAGGUGAAGGAAGGCGUGGUGCCCGCAACUAUUUCUGCUUUUACCUCUGUGCCUAAAUCAACUUUAAAAUGGUCCUUCCCUGAAACAUGGAAAGAUGUUGAAGAAGGCUGGGGAGGAUACAAUCAUACCAUUCCAGGCCCUGGGGAUGAUGUCCUGAUUUUACCUAACAAGACUGUUCUCGUGGAUACUGAUCUUCCAUUCCUCAAGGGCCUCUAUGUGAUGGGGACUCUAGAAUUCCCUGUGGACAGGAGCAACGUUUUGAGUGUGGCAUGCCUGGUCAUUGCAGGAGGGGAGCUGAGAGCGGGUACUGUAGAAAAUCCCUUAGAAAAAGGACAAAAGCUUCGGAUUCUCCUUAGAGCCUCAGAAGGAAUCUUUUGCAAUCGUUUCAAUGGAAUUCAUAUUGACCCAGGAGCAAUUGGAGUUUAUGGGAAAUUUCAGCUUCACAGUGCUUAUCCUGAGAAAUCCUGGACACGUCUUGGUGCUGAUAUUUCCCCAGGAAAUGAGAGAAUUAUAGUAGAAGAUGCAGUGGAUUGGAAACCCCUUGACAAAAUCGUCCUUAGUUCUUCUUCUUACGAGCCACACGAAGCAGAGGUCCUCACUGUGAAAGAGGUCAAGGGCCACCACAUCCAGGUCCAUGAGCGUCUUCAACACCGGCACAUCGGAAGUCCCCAUGUCAUGGCGGAUGGCAGACACAUUCAUUUGGCUGCUGAAGUUGGACUGUUGACCCGGCAUAUACAAAUCCAGCUGGACACAUCAUGUAGUGGGACACUUCUUGUGGGGUCCUUUAGGAAGUCUCCUAGAGAAGAAUUUUCAGGUGUUCUUCAAUUUCUAAAUGUGGAAAUUCAGAACUUUGGUUCACCAUUGUAUUCAUCCAUUGAAUUCACUAAUGUAUCAUCAGGAUCCUGGAUCUUAUCUUCCACUCUGCACCAAAACUGUGGUGGGGGCAUUCACGCAUCUGCCAGUUAUGAAAUAAUUUUAAAUGAAAAUAUAGUGUUUGGUACAGCUGGCCAUGGCAUUGAUUUGGAGGGUGAAGCCUAUUCUCUUACUAAUAACCUUGUAGUUCUGAUGACACAGGCAGUGUGGUCUACCACUUGGGUGGCAGGGAUCAAAGUAAAUCAGGCAAAGGAUAUUCUCCUUCAUGGCAAUGUUGUGGCAGGAUCCGAGAGACUUGGCUUUCACAUACAGGGGCAAAGGUGCUCCUCUAAAGUGUUUUGGUCUGACAAUGUGGCCCACUCAAACCUUCAUGGCCUUCAUCUCUAUAAGAAAAGUGGGCCUGACAAUUGUACUAGUAUCGCUGGCUUCCUGGCUUUCAAGAACUUUGACUAUGGUGCCAUGAUACAGAUAGAGAAUACUGUGGAGAUAGAGAACAUCACUCUGAUAGACAAUUCUGUUGGCCUUUUGGCAGUAGUGCACGUGUCAUCUACUCCACAGCACUCCAUCAAAAAUGUGCAGAUUGUCCUUAGGAACUCAGUCAUUGUGGCCACCAGCUCUUCUUUUGAUUGUAUUCUGGACAAAAUAAAGCCUCACUCAGCCAACUUGACAUCAGCAGAUCGAGCACCUCCCAACCCAAAAGGAGGCCGAGUUGGUAUGCUGUGGCCUGUAUUCACCACAGUACAAAAUCAGUGGCCUCGGGAGCCAUGGCACAAAAUAAGGAAUCAUCGUUCAGUUUCAGGAAUCAUGAAACUUCAAGAUGUCACUUUUUCUAGUUUUGUGAAAAGUUGCUACAGUGAUGACCUGGAUAUCUGCAUCCUGCCAAAUCCAGAGAGCACUGGAAUGGUUCAUCCAAUAAUAGCAGAGAGGACCAGGAUGCUCAAGAUGAGAGAUAAGAACAAAUUCUAUUUUCUUCCAUUGCACCCAAGGCAAGACUUAGAAAGAGUGAUCUGCCUUGAACCAGAAUGUGAAAGUCCCAGAAAAUAUCUCUUCAAGGAUCUGGAUGGUACAGCACUGGGCCUGCCUCCACCAGUUUCUGUAUUUCCUAAAACUGAGGCAGAGUGGACUGGAUCGUUCUUCAACACAGGUACAUUCAGAGAAGAACAGAAAUGUACAUACCAACCAUUGAUACAAGGCUUCAUCUGCAAACAGACUGACCAAGUGGUCUUAACUCUUGAUAGUGUCAAUAGCCCUUGGGCAAUCCAGAAGUUAUAUCCAGUUGUAUCAGUUACUAGUGGUUUUGUUGACACAUUUAGUAGUAUAAAUGAUAAUACUCUUUGCUCAACCUCUGAGUCUGUGUCUGCCUUUUAUUCCAUUUUACCUACCAGACAAAUUACCAAGGUAUGCUUUGUUGAUCAAACUCCUCAAAUUUUGCGUUUUAUUCUAAUAGGAAACAAAAGUACCUCCAAGGUUCUCUUAGCUAUAUUCUAUCAUGAACUCCAGAGCCCUCAUGUUUUCUUACGUGGCAGUUUUAUUCCACCUACUUUAGUGCAAUCAACUUCAUCAUUGCUAGAUGAGUCUGUUGGUGCCAACUACUUCAGCAUUGUGGAUAACCUCUUUUACGUUGUUCUACAAGGAGAGGAGCCCAUUGAAAUACGAACAGAUGUUUCCCUCCAUUUGGCCUUCACUGUGACAUUUUCAGUCCUAGAAAAGGGCUGGGAAGUUGUGUUACUUGAAAAAGUUGCUAACUUCUUACAGAUUGAUCAAAAUCAAAUCAGAUUUACUCAUGAGAUGCCUGGAAAUGAAAGAACCCUAAAGGCCAUUGCUGAUAGUAAAGCAAAGAGAAAACGCAAAUGUCCAACUGUGACUUGUGCCAGUCCUAGAAAAGUUGGUCAGCGUAGGCCUCUCAUGAUGGAAAUGAGUUCCUACAAGGACUCCCCACCAACUACAAUGGAAAUUGCCUCAAAAGUGAUUGUCUUUGAAAUUGGUGAUCUGCCAGCACCGAAGAGGACUGGACUAAUUCCACUCCUAUCAAGUAACAAAUUGCAAAGUUUGGCUCACCAAAUCAUCACUGCUCAACAGACUGGCGUACUGGAGAAUGUUCUGAAUGUGACUAUUGGUGCCCUGAUGGUGACUCAGUCAAAGGGAGUUACUGGCAAUGGAAACACAAGCAAUUUCAAAGCUGAAAACCUAAUAUAUGUCCGGCCCUAUGCUCUUUUUGUCCUGGUCCAGCCUUCAGAUGGAGAAGUGGGAAAAGAGCUGCCAGUGCAGCCACAGCUCGUUUUCCUGGACAAGCAGAAUCAAAGAGUGGAAUCCUUGGGUUCCCCCUCAGAGCCAUGGACCAUUUCAGUUUCCCUGGAAGGGACAUCAAAAUCAGUGCUAAGAGGGUGCACCCAGGAAAAUACACAGGACGGUUAUGUGAGAUUCUCCAACUUGGCAGUCUUGAUCUCUGGGUCAAACUGGAACUUUAUUUUUACUGUUACUUCCCCUCCAGGAGCCAAUUUUACAGCUCGAUCCAGGUCUUUUGCUGUCUUGCCUGAGACUGGAAGGGAGAGGUCAACCAUCAUCCUGGCUGCUUCCCUGUGCUCUGUGGUCUCCUGGCUGGCGCUGAGCUGUCUGGUGUGCUGCUGGUUUAACAGAAACAAACAUAGAAAAACAAAACCUGAGGAAAUUUCUGAAUCCCAGGCUAAUGAUCAAAAGAACCAGAUCCAUGUCUCAUCUAAACACCAAGCAUCACAAAUAGAGAUAGAAGAGGAAGAUUCCAGGAAGGCAGAUGAUACCAGGAUGAAGGUCCUGCUGGGCAGACUAAAUCAGCUCCCACACCAGACACUGGACGGAGUGUCCAGAAGGAAGCUCGGUCACCGCCAUGCCGCCGUGCCUGCUCCCAGCACUGCCAGCCUCACAUCCCAGGGGCACACUUCUGCUCCGGGCUCUCCUGCUAGGCAGGUGCACCUGCCAGAGACUAGGAACUGGAAGGAGACCCAAGAGCAGUUGCUCCGAUAUCAGCUGGCACAUCCGGAUCAGCUGCUGCUGCUGGGCCCAGACCUCAGCCAAGACAGGCAGCAGUGGCAGGGACAGCUGAGUGAGGAGAGGGGCAACUUAGGCCUUUCCCAAGAGAAGAACACCUCCUGAGACGCAUUCUGUCUCCGUUCAGCACAGCCAGAAACUAUUCAGGAGCAGCUGUGAUUAGGAGGGAUAUGGCCAUUUAUGCUGAAAGGCAGAAUGUUCAAAAUAUUUCUAAUGAUAAGGGCAGAAAGGGGUGCCUGAUCUGUGUGGACCAAGGAGAAGGAACAUGGACUCUGAAUCCAUUUUUGAAGUAUAGAAGGGGAAGAAAGUUGUAUAAAUGCUUAUAGAUGGAAAGAGUGUCUGAUAGAGUUUUGUCUCUUACCUCUGAUCCUACUCCAAUACCAGACAAAUCAUCUGAUUUUAAACACUUUUUCCAACUUAGCUUUAAUUUAAACUAGUUGUGAUUCUAUUUCACCAAUUUAAUAAUCAUAUAAUACUGAUUUAUAUUAGAAGAGAUUUUUCUUAAACUUCCCCUGGGAUGAGGACUCAACAUUUUGGGCAUGUCUUUAUGGAAAAUAGAGAGAAGUUCUUGUCGGCUAGUUAUUUCUUCAGUAUUACAGAAACACAUUCCUUUACCCUAUAGGAACCUUAUAGGGACAUUGCAAGGACAAGAGAACAUCCUGCUUCUGAUUUAUCAGAGCUUACUUUCCAACCACAAGGCCACUUCCUGCUUUUUCACAGGUGGAUUUUAUUUCCUGGCUUAAAUCCCGUCAUUACUGGCAGCCCACAUCAGUGCAAGUAUAUGAUGUUGUACUAAAAAAUGCUUACAUUUGAAAAUUUUAUUUUCAUGGGCUUCACUGAGAUUUUAGCUAAAGACAAAGAUGUAAAAGUACCAAGUUUGGAGAAAGAAAUUAUCUGUGGACCACAGGUACAUUUUUUAGUGGUUUUCUCCAUUAGUACCUGGAUCAAAUUUGCAAUUAGAGGAAAAUUAUGUUCAGAGACCACAGAUAGCCAGAUAGCAAGUGGAUCACCAACUAACUCCUUCAUCAAGCAACUACUUUUUCCUUUUUCAUUAAGAAAAUGCACAGAGCUACCUAGGAAAAGAAAGAAGAGAUUGCAGCAGGUGCUAACAUUCUAGGCUUUCUAAGACUCUACGGGAGAGCAGAGCAAAGGAUCAUGCACUGACAAACUGAAUAAGGAUAUAAAACUGAUUUAACUUCAUCUACACAUUUGCAGAGGGCCCCUCUCUGUUCAAACUAGAGGAUAGGUUUGGUAGCCUGACUUUAUUCUUGUCUCUGUACCUGCAAGUCUUGACACUCCAAGACUAUAAGGCAAAAGCAGCAGAAGUGAGGAGAAAUUUCAUAAAGAGUUUGCUCUCAGAUUCUCCUAAGGUGUAAACCAGGAUUUCUCAAUCUCUGAAAAACUAAGGUGCUAUCCUGCAUUAGAGUUGGAACAGGGAAAGAAAACAUGUUCCUCUGUUGCUGAAUUUUAAUAAUGAAUCUAUCUAUCUAGUUAGGACCCAUCGGAGGAACUGGCAAGAAGCCAUUCUCUAUGUUGUGUCUAUGGGGAGGUAUGUCUCAUGCUAGCAUGUGUUACCAGGAAUAGUCUCAGCCUCUUUGUCUGUUCCCAAAAGUGUCUUGUAGAUAUCUCCAUCCUAAGCUGCCCCAGAAUGGAGGUGGGCAGCUUUUCUGUAGCAAUGUGUUGGAUUCAGAGGGAGGUAGAAAUAGAUAUUAAGGGUGGUGUCUCUAGGAGAUUACAGUCUAUGCUAUUUUUGUGCAAGGAGGCCACCAAGGAGCAAUCUAUCCUAUAGAAAUUUACUCUGAAAGUGUAAACUGGCAGCCUGAAGGGAAAAAAAUCAUCUUUGUUGCUGAUGUGUUUUGGGGGCCACCAACAGUGCUUGAAAACACAAGAAAGAAAAAACAAAAAAUAAAAAACAAAACAAAAAAACAACUUCAAUGACAGGCAGAAUAUUACUAUUAGAGAUUAGUCUAUGUCAUAACAUUAUGAAAGGCUCGUUCUUUACAAAAAUUACUUAGUUGAAUUAUUCCCUUCCAGCUGAUGCUCUAACUGUAAAUGUAUAAAAUUACUGUUCAUUCAAGUUUGCAAUCUAUAUGUAAAAUGAGUAUGAACAAAGUGUAGCAUAAAUCACAUGCAAAUAUUAAUGAAACAGACAUCUAUAAAAUUAUACAUGACAAUAACAGUGAAGAAUUUUAAUUAAUUGCAUCAUUUAAAAUUCACGCAGUAUUCCAUCUUUUGCUUCCAGAAUGUUUUUAAUAUUAAUCUUUUUUUUUUUUUUUGGUACUGGGGAUCGAACUCAGGACAUCACAUUUGUGAGAAAGGUGGUGAAACCACUGAGCCAAAUCCCCUGCCCUUUAAUGUUAAUCUUGAAAAAGCUCCACGUAGAAGGAAUUAGGUACUAUUGAAGAGAGAACAAUUUAUUUCAAACUAUAUUGUUUCACUGUGACCAACUACAGACAUUUGAGAGACAAAUCACAUUCCCAGGAUGUAAUUUUUUACAAAAGGAAUAAAAUAUUUUAUAGUGUUAAAUGGGGCUU